CCCACAUUCACAAUGGGUCUUUUCUUCUGGCGGAAAGGCAGCGACUCCAAAGCCGAAACGAAGCCCAACCCGAACCCGAACCCGGAUCCGAAACCGGUUGAGGUUCCGGGCAUGAACGGCGCCGUUGAGGUCCCACGGCCCGCCAAAGUCACCGUCUUUGAAUUCGGGUCGGUCGCCGCUUCCGCAGAUAAGGUCACUCUCGCCGGGUACUGCCCCGUCUCGGAGGAGCUCGAGCCCUGCCGCUGGGAGAUCCUCUCCGCGAGUGGCUCCGACGCGCCGCAGUUCCGCGUGGUGUUCUGAGAGCUGUAAAGGAGUCGCCUUUGUCGGAUUCUGAGGUUUAAUUUGCUGUAAUUUCAAGUUAUGAGGAGUUUAGGGUUUUGCUGGAUUUGUGUAGCUUCUGUGGAACUAAAAGAAAUUUUAGCUUGGAAAUGACAAUUCAGUGAGAUUUACAUGGUAAUUUUAAGAACCCAACUUUUUGA